AUGAUGUUGAUUCACGUUUUGGGGUUACUCUAUUUGACGGCAAAUCCGCUUGUCACUCAAGCGGCGUCACACUUGUCAUGGAGGGUGACAAGGUUGUCUCCUCGUCAUGAGGAGUUUUCACUCAAACAAGAUCAAAAGGUUGAAAACCUUGAGAAUUCCUUGAAUGUUCUUGCUAGGCGAGCAAACGGGGACGUCAUUGAUGUCAAAAGGCUGUUUGACAAGGGAGACUGCCGCGAUCCCUCAGUAGUAGCUGGGUUUGGCCAAAACGGUCGCCAAAAGAAAGAAUUCACUUUCCAGCCAAAUGGCAAAAAGGCAUAUGCUCAUGGAGAAGCCUUCAACUUGGAAAUCAUCACCCAAUCCAUAUGUGAUAAGAUGUUAGAUUGUGGAGCCAAGGAGAAUAAUAAAGAAAUCUUCAACAAAUGUAAAGCAUUGUCUAAAGAGAUUGGCAAAUCAUUAGGCAAUGCUGAAGGCAUCUCACUGACCUCUUCAUUUGAACUUUACAAAAAUAAAAUUAUUCAAAACUGUAUGAAGUUUGGUCUUGACAAAGGGACAGAAAAUUCCAACACCCAGGAUGGUGAUGGAGACUCCAAGGAAAAAACAGAUGAAGAAAAAAAGAGCAAAAAGAAGAAUGAAAAGCCUAAUGAAAAGACUGAAGAGAAGACUCAAGAAAAGACUGAAGAAAAGACUGAAGAAAAGAAGCCAGAUAACUAG